AUGAAGUCAGCUCUCAUUGCGUUCAUUUUUUCUACUGCGGUGGCUUAUGCUCCCGGAGGUCCCGGUCCACACCACAUUGGACCUCAGCACGGGCCUCCACCGCCAUACCUGAGAAAUGUUACUGACGAAGCUCGAAGAGAAUAUUUCAAAAUCAUGUCAAACGGGAAUUUGACGAUCGCAGAACAAAAGAAGGAAGUAGAGGAUUGGGCGAAAACAAAUAAGAUUGAGGAAGAAGUGCAGGAAUUUGACGAGCAAAGGAAGGCUCACAUGGAAGAAGUGAAGAAGAACGUGACUAAGCUGAUUGGCUCCUUACCGACAGCUCUCGAAGACUUUUCCAAAGUCAUGGAGAACGAAGAUCAGACUCGCAAACAGAGGGAACAGAAGAAGAGGGAGCUAAGUGAUACAAAUCCUAAAGCAUUCCAUGUGCUAGAGUUUGCGUUCCACGAAUUCAUGCCACGUCCCCAUGGCCCCCAUGUACCGCAUGGUCCACCUGAUAGAAGACAUCGUGGCCCUCGCGGUGACGAAGCAAGAAGCCCAUCUGCUUCCCGCGAAUCAGAGGAUGACAGCAGAAGAGGACGAGACUCUCAAGAAGAACAAAAGAAGAAAAUUGAGGACUGGGCCAAAGAAUAUAAGAUCGAGAAAGAAGUGGUAGAAUUUGACGAGAAAAUAAAGGCUCACAUGAAAAAUGUGAAGACGAAUGUUACCAAACUAACUGACUACCAACCUACGGCUCUCGGAAAGUUUUCCGAAAUAAUGGUAAGCGAAAAUCAGACCUAUGGGGAGUUGUGGGAGAAAAGGAAGGAUUUGACUGCUCAGUAUCCUGGGGUGGGAAGAGCUAGGGAUUCUGAUGACAGAUUACGCUCCUUCAAGUGGAGGUAUAAGCGUUAUUAA